UGGACAUAUUGAAAAAAAAAUUUAUAGGUAUCACUUAUAACAGUGUGAAGAAGCAAUUAAACUAAGUUAAAUAUCUUAUCUACCAACAAAAUAUUACAUAUUUAUCAUUGCGCGACUAAUAAAUACAUUAAUAUUAUAACUGUUACCUUGCCGUCUACGAAUUCCACGCCGUCAAUUAAAAAAACACCUGGCGCCUUGCUCGUAUGAACGUAUUGGGAUUCCCAAAUUGUUUGUACACAAUUUAUUUUUUGAUUGGAUGUACAUAUUUUCGUAGAAUAACCUACAGCUACAUAUACGCACAUAUCUAAAAAUUAAUAAAUUGAACAAAUUAAGGCAAUCAAUUUUCCACCGAUAAUAUUGCUGGGAGAAGUAAUAGAAAAUUUAUCAUAUUUGAUAAAUCUCAUGGACCUCGUGACGAUGGUAGACUCGCAUAAAUCCAAACAAGAGCAGCAGACUGAUGAAUACAAGGAAGAAAAUGAAGUUGUAGAGUAUUAUGAUGAUAACUCGUCGGAACUAUAUUAUUCAGAAGAAUCCAUAGAUGAUGAUCCAACUGGGUUUGGCUUGUACGGUACAAUUACAACGGCACAACUUAGGGAGGCACUCGAGGAGUCAAUAUCUGUCUCUACAGAUAAAACCACAAAGUUGGAAAUAGUGUUAAACCAAAACUAUGGUGACCAGAUAGUAUAUUUAGAAUCGACAGAAACGAUUGAAACUUCCGGUUUCCCAUAUAUAAUAAUGUUUCACAGCUUUAAGGAACAUGCGUCCAAAUUACUUUGCUACACAGAUUUGCUCUUUCAGUCUGCACAAAAAUACGGUGACGGCAUAUGCUUUGCUGUAACAGACUUUGAAAACUACGAAGCCGUACUUAAUUACAGACCUGGCACUGAAUCUUACUGGAAGCGUUACAAGAAACUUGGUUUUAACAAACACCGGCGUCCGGACAUUUUCGCAGUGGACACAGAUCACCGUAUUUACCGGUUUUUAAGCCCCCUUAAUGCAAAUAAUUUAAAGAAAUUCAGUGUUAAGUUAAUGAAUAAUGAACUGUUUGAAACCGAACCAGUAUCAGAAGAUGACGAAGAGGGUUUUGUUCGUGUGGGCGUAGCGGUAAACUUCGAGCAGUUGGUGCUUAAAAGUGACGUUGAUAUAUUUUUAGUGUUGUAUGGCAGCAAAUGUCCCUGCUCUCGUGAACUGAUGCCAAUUUUAGAGGAAGUGGGGCAGCUAUUGCAGGAUGAAGACAUCAUUAUAGUAAAGAUGAACGCAGAAUCGAACUAUUUGCCAUUGAAAUUUUAUGCUUGGUAUUACCCAACUAUAUACUACGUGAGGAGGGGCGACAAGAAUAAUUUAAUAGAAUUCAGUGGAGCGACACGUACAGUAAAAAACAUUAUCAAAUUCAUCGCCAAACAUGCUACAGACGAUCUACUGGAAUAUAAUAGAAAAGGAAGAUCGAGAUUUGAUUAGCUAAUAUUCCAAAUAAA